AUGUUUACAACGACACCAAUCCUAGCUCAUUUCAAUCCGGAUCGAAAAAUUGUGAUAGAAACCGAUGCAUCCGACUAUGUCUCAGCAGGAAUCCUAUCUCAACGGGACAACGAAGGAAUCCUACAUCCAGUCGCUUUCUUUUCCAAGAAACAUUCUCCUGCAGAAUGCAACUACGAAAUCUAUGAUAAAGAACUUUUAGCAAUUAUACGAUGUUUCGAAAAAUGGCGACAUCACCUGGAGGGAGCUCAAUUUCCAAUUGAAGUUCUUAGCGACCAUCGGAAUCUUGAAUAUUUUAUGACAACAAAAUUGUUAAAUCGUCGACAAGCCCGUUGGUCUGAAUUUCUUUCACGCUUCGAUUUCGUUAUACAAUUUCGGCCAGGAAAACAAGGAACAAAACCAGAUGCAUUGACUAGGAGGUCAGGUGACCUACCAAAAGAGGGGGAUGAACGGUUGACGCAUCAGAGUCAAGUGAUUCUGAAGCGAAAAAAUUUGGAUAAUAAGCUAAGUUUGUUCGCGGGUUCUUUGUCAAAUGAAUCCGCUGAAGGAGCGUCCACUGUAGAGGAGUUAUUUUCAAAAGCUUACCAAGUAGAUAGUUUCCCAAACAAGGUCCUCAAUAUGCUUCGGAAUAGCAUACGCCACUCGAACAAAAUCCCGCUCGCCGAAUGUACGGAAGAUAAUAACGGUCGGCUGCUUUAUCGAGGCAUGCUAUAUGUACCAGACGACGAUGACCUUCGACUAAGGCUUUUAAAAGAAUACCAUGAUGAACCAUCUGCAGGACAUCCGGGUAGAGCGAAGACUCUGGAGCUCCUAAGUCGAGGAUAUUAUUGGCCACAGAUGCGGAAGUUCGUCGAUCAGUAUAUUAGGAAUUGCAAUGUGUGUACCCGUAGCAAGGCAUCACACAAUGCACCUUAUGGAGUACUUCGCACCAUGCCAAUUCCCGAUGGACCCUGGACAGACGUCUCGAUGGAUUUUGUGACUGAUCUUCCUGAGAGUGAUGGGUAUAAUGCGAUUUUGGUCGUGGUGGAUAGACUAACCAAAAUGCGGCAUCUAAUACCAACGACUAAAGAGGUAGAUUCAAAGGAAGUAGCAAGGCUAUAUAUCAAUAACUUUGUUGCGGAAUUUUGGAAAUCGCUUUGUGAUCGGUUGGAAAUAUCACCAAAAUUCUCCACCGCAUUUCACCCUCAAACAGAUGGACAAACGGAAAGAAUCAAUGCCGUAAUGGAACAGUACCUCCGAAGCUAUGUUUCCUAUCAACAGGAUGAUUGGGCUCGAAUGGUACCAAUGGCUGAAUUUGCGACAAACAAUCAUGCUUCCGAAACAACAAAGGUCUCUCCGUUCUAUGCCAAUUCUGGAAGAAAUCCAAGAAUGACUUUUGGCCCUUUGGAACAUGGUCGAACGACGGGGGAAGAUCAAGCGAACUGUAUUGCAAGAGAAAUGAAGGAUAAAUUCGACUGGAAACGUAUUGGACCUUAUAGCGUUAAACGCAUUGUCAAUCCCUACGCUUACGAGUUGGAACUUCCCCGGUUAAUGAAAAUUCAUCCAGUAUUUCAUGUUUCGUUAUUAUCACCCGAAGCGAAUGAUCCUUUACCGGGACAACAACAAUUGCCGCCACCUUCGGUCGAAAUUGAAGGAGAGGAAGAAUGGGAAGUCGAAAAUAUUUUGGAUUCGAGGAAACAAAGAGGAAGAUUUGAGUAUUUGGUAUGA